AUGGAAAUUGAGAUCACCCUGAAAGAAACUAUCAAGCCAUCUUCUCCUACACCCGCUGACAGAAGAAAUCUCAAGCUUUCUCUUCUGGACCAGUUCAUGCCAGUGACUUACACAUCCCUUAUUCUCUUUUACCCCGCGAGUGAAAACCGUGAUCGGCAUGCAACAGCGGCAGAAAGAUCCCAGCAACUGAAGAAAUCUUUAUCAGAAACCUUAACUGAAUUCUACCCUCUUGCCGGCAGACCAAAAGAUAAUGCCUCAAUAGAAUGUGACGACCAGGGAGCCGAGUACAUUGAAGCACGGAUCAAAUGUCUUCUAUCAGAGUUUCUAGCGAAGCCCGAGCUGGAGGUUCUGAAACAACUCCUGCCUGCAGCUAUAGAAUCAAGUGAAGCCGCCACAGGAAGCCUGUUGCUGGUCCAGGCCAAUGUUUUUGAUUGUGGUGGCAUGGCAAUUGGUGUUUGUGCUUCGCAUAAGAUUACAGAUGCAGCGACUUUGACUACAUUCCUCAAAUGCUGGAGCCGAAAAGCUGCUAAAUCCAAAGAUGCAGCAAGACCAGUGUUCUUGGGUGCAUCCAUUUUCCCGCAGAUGGAUGCCUCAAUCUCAUCCUCCAUUAGCUCCACAACCUCAUCGAUUGAGUUGAUCCAGAGUGAGUGUGUUAUGACGAAAAGGUUUGUGUUUGAAGCCUCAAAGAUUAGCUUGCUCAAAACAAAAGCAGCAUGCCAAACUGUUCCGGAGCCAACCCGGGUGGAAGCUGUGUCUGCACUGAUAUGGAAAUGUGCAAUGGCUGCUUCAAAAUCCAACCUGGGAUUUCACAGAAAGUCUCUGUGGGCUCUUGCUGCCAAUCUGCGCAAAAGGCUUACCCCGCCAUUGCCAGAGAAUUCUGCUGGCAAUUGCGCUUGCUCCGUCCUAGUGCGUGUGGGGGAGGAUGCUGCAGAACAGGUAGACUUGCGAGACUUGGUGGGUCGAAUAAGGAAAGGGAACCGGGAGUACGAUGAAACUCACACCAAGAAGCUUCAAGGAGAUGGAGCUUCGCUAGCGCUUUGUGGGUUUGCCAAAGAAUAUGGAGAGUUGGCGGUGAGUGGUGACAUGGACUUUUACAAUUGCACUAGCUGGUGUCGAUUUGAACUAUACGAUGCUGCAGAUUUUGGAUGGGGGAAGCCAACCUGGUUGAGUGUAGCGGCCGGUUCAACGAUAAAGAAUGUGGCGAUGUUGUUGGACGCAAGGGAUGGUGCUGGAAUAGAAGCUUGGUUGUCCUUGAGCCAAGAGGACAUGAACUUGUUUGAAUCUAAUCAAGAGCUGCUAGAAUUUGCAGCAGUAAAUCCUAGUGUAUCUAUCUAUCCCUCACCUAAUCAAACCCACAAAGAGCUAGCAAGGUAA